CCUGUCACGUAGAUGCUAAAGACGCAUGGACCCUGGUGUUGGGGGCGGGAGUUUCAAUCCAGCGCAAUAGUGAGAGUUCACACACGCCCUUUCCAGAAGGGAGCAAUUUCCCUCUUGUGAAGAGCAAAGUAGGAAGCCCCCCCUUGGACUCCCUGCUGAGAUGCCAGCUCAGAGUUAAGGCGAGAGAGACGUGAAUCCUAGAGAGGGCCGAAGGCAACAAACUCAGUGGCCCCACCCAUUACAGCAGUUCCUGCUGCAGGGACAAGUCUGUUGAUAAAACAACUUUGGGGUUCUUUGGAGCACAGAAUUGGAGAUGGAAAUGCAAGACUUGGGUGGCCCAGAGACCAUCAAGGCUGGGAGCAGUCAGGAAUUCUGGAAAAGUAGUCUGCUGGAAAUCCUGCACAAGGACACGCUCCCUUCAGAUGUACAGCGCCAGCGCUUCAGGCAGUUCCGCUACCAGGAGGUUGAGGGGCCCCGACAGGUUUGCAGCCGACUCCACCACCUUUGCCGUCAGUGGCUCAAACCAGAGCAACACACAAAACACCAGAUCAUGGAUCUUGUGAUCCUGGAGCAGUUUCUGACCAUCCUGCCCCCGGAGGUGGAGAGCUGGGUGAGGGAAUGUGGAGCAGAGACCAGUUCGCAGGCAGUGGCCCUGGCAGAAGGUUUCCUCCUGAACCAGGCAGAGGCCAAGGAGCAGGAAGAGCAGCAGGUGCAGGGGCGGAUCGCAAAACUGUCUACUGCUGAUUCUGGGGCAGAGAAGGCUCUAUCAGAUGCCAGACGGAAGCUGCUUCAUGGGGGAACAUCCCAGGAGGAUCAUGCAGAUGCCGCCUCACUGGUUCAUGGAACACCACUGGAGGGGUUGACAAGGUUGUGGCUCCCGUGUGUUGAUGGAGAAAGAGAUUCUACACAAGCAGAUCAGCAGGUGAUGGGUGGAAAAGCAAGUCUAAAGGAGAAGCAUGCGGGUCACGAGUAGAAAGAGCGAGAUGUAAAAAGGAAGGACAACAGAGAAAAGCAAGAGAAGGAAACCAGGAAAGGAAG